UUUCCUUACUGUUGGUACUACUUGUUCUAUGGUGGUUGGUACGGUGAUCCAUUCAAAUAAAUAAUCACAGCUAGAAAUAUUUAUUGCGACGGUUGUUUAAUGUGAAAAGAAAUGGAUCGGUGGCUAAUAAAUACUGCUGCUAAAAAAUCGAAUGAAGAAAAGAUUCCUCUGAGCUCAUCCGAAAGACCCGGCACUAGUACAUGCUCUUAUGAACUUCAACCCGGAACGAGUUUUCAGUCCAUUAGUUAUGUCGAGGAUCAGAAAGAACAAUUAGAUCCUCAAACUUCGUCAGUAAUGGAAAUCGAAAAUGAAAAAUCGGUUGAUAACUGUACUGAAGACGAAGAAGAGGGAUACAAUACUGAAAAUGAAAAAAAGCAGUUCAAGCAGAUUGGUAGUUCAAAAUCUAUGGCAAAAGGUAGGAAAAAGAUAUUUAAGAAGAAGUUUCAGCAUGAUUGGCUUAAGCAACCUGAGUUCAAAGCAUGGUUAUUAAAUGGGAAUAAGGAUGAUAAUGCAAUUUGUAAGGUGUGCAAUGUGGUUAUGAAGGCGGGAAAAUCAGAGCUUAAAAAGCAUGGUGAUGGAAAAGCUCAUAAAAAAAAUAUGGAGGCGUGGCUACAGAGUAAUAUUAAUCAACCUAGUAUUACAACAUUCGUUACAGAAAAUACAAAGCUGAAAAAUACCGAAGCUGCCAUUUGUUCUUAUAUCGUCGAAAACAAUCUUCCUAUUUCAUCAAUUGAACCUUUAAUUGAAUUGAUUAAAUCUUUACCAGAGAAGGCAAUCACAUCGCAAAUCUCUUUAGCGAAACAAAAAGCCACUAAUGUCAUUAGGAAUGGAUUGCGCCCAUUUUUUAAUAAUAAACUUAUUAAUGAACUGAACAAUCAUUUGUUUUCCGUUUAUAUUGACGAAACAACUGAUGUAAGCGUCACAAAGCAACUAGCGAUACUAGUCAGCUACUGCCAUAAUUUUAUAACAAAAGUAGAUGUGAUCGACGUAGUAGAUUGCCCUGACGGGACCGCUGUGGGUUUGUACACACAAAUGAUUAACACGCUAAAAGAAAAUAAUGUACCUCUGCAAAACUGGAUAGGCUUUUGUUCUGAUACAACUGCAGUCAUGAUGGGACAGCAUAACUCUGUGUCUCAACUAAUCAAACUAAAUUAUCCUCAAGUAUUCGUGUCAAAAUGCUCUUGCCAUAUGAUACAUCUGGUGGCAAGUAAGGCAUGCACUAAGUUAAGCAACUCUUUAGAAGAUUUGUGCCGCAAUGUAUACAAUCAUUUUGGGAGGAGUCCUAAAAAUUCUGCUGCUUUCAAAGAAUUUCAAAGCUUCCAUGAAGUCAAACCUCACAAGAUUUUGAGAGCUUGUCAAACCAGGUGGUUGUCACUUCAAGCAUGCGUGCGAAGAAUUUUAGAACAGUGGGAGCCAUUGAAGAGUUACUGGAGAAUAUUAAACUACGAAGAUCCAACACAUGCAAACUGUCACACUCUCCAAACCUUGGAGAACCCUUUGAUAAAGAGCCAAAUGCAUUUUGUAGACUACGCUCUUGGAAUUUUUAAUGAUUUUAAUUGCAUGUUUCAAGCUGAUUAUCCUAAGUUCUCAGAAUUGAAGACUCAAACUGAGGAACAGAAGAACAUCUUGAAUUAA